AUAAGAUCGAACAGUUGCAGAAAAUGCAUUUUGUAGCCAAAAAUGCCAAAAAUUUAAGAAGAACUGCAAACUCAUAGCGGGAAAAUGAGAGCUCUUGUGGUAUCCAUAUGGGUCUUUAUCAAUUUAGUAUUUUUUGGUAUGUGUGGAUACAUGUAUUUGCUGUGGUCGCAAUAUUGGAUGUUUAUCGAGCGACAAACAGGGACAACAACUUCCACUUAUGACCAGCAGAUUUAUUAUUAUAACAGAGGGUUUCUUCCUAAUGAUUCUAAUAAAACCCAUAACGAAACUAAGCUUCGAAUCAAACACAGCCUUAAAGAUAACGUCACAGUAACCUUAAUUAAAAACAGUAAACCUAGAUUUCCCAAUUUGCAAGGCAGGGAGUUUGAAUUAGACACAAAGAAAUAUAUUUGUUUUAAGAAUGAUAGUUUUAAAAAUUGUUCGAGUAAAUCAUUAGAGUUUAAAGAAAAAAUUCUCAAGGAGUUGCGCCGAGUCCUCGAAGACGAGGGAAACGUUCUUAAAAUCAGCGCAGAGAAUCCUUACAACGUGCAAUAUAAGGGCACCAAAGGAAAUUUUUAUGAUAAAACACCCAAGGAAAUAAUGUGCGAGUUGAAAAAAAUUCAAGUAAAAACAUUAAAACGAGGCGAUGUCGACAGAGGCCCCCACAACCUCGGCGACUUUCUCCCCAAGAGAGGUUUAUUUGAAAAUCGCAAAUUUAACAGUUGUGCGAUUGUUGCCAGUGCCGGUGCUCUCAAAGACUCAAAUUUAGGCAAAAAUAUCGACGCUCAUGAUUUAGUUUUGCGCUUCAAUCACGCUCCGACCAAAGGCUUCGAACCAGAUGUAGGCAGAAAGACAACAAUCCGCGUGUUGAACUCGCAAGUUGUUACCAGAAAAGAAUUCAAUUUCCUGGAAUCCGAUAUUUAUAAAAAUGUAACGAUUGUUGCGUGGGAUCCGAGUAAUUAUAAAGCCACUCUUGAUGAGUGGCUUGAAAAACCGGAAUUUAAUUUAUUCCCGACCUAUAUUGAAUACAAAAAACGAAAUGUUAAAGCCAGAUUUUUCCUAAUAAAUCCCCAAAGUCUGUGGGAGUUGUGGGAUUUUCUUCAGGAUAACUCACCGAGCAGACUUAGGAGAAAUCCACUCUCAUCGGGCUUUUUGGGUUUGGGUAUUUUGCUUCCUCUGUGUAAUUUCAUCGACGUUUUCGAAUAUGUCCCUUCAACCAGGGUCACUAAACGUUGCCACUAUUACGAUCCUGAAGAUAAUCCAGCUUGUACUUUCGGAGUUUGGCAUCCAUUAGCUGCUGAAAAACUUCUUACUUACUACAUAAAUACGAUCGAUGAUCGGACAGUGUUUCAAGAUGGUUAUGUUCGCAUUUCGGGGUUCAAAAAUGUUAAAUGUUGAGUAGAUGUUAUCAAUUAAAAGAAAUUUUUGACUAAGUUUUAAAUUCGGAAUUACAGAUGUGGUCUUUGAUGAGUCAUUCAUUUUUGUUGCUUGAUUUCCGCUUUUGCAUAUUAUUGUGUGAGUGUAAGCGGUUUUGCGGUGAAUUAAGAACAUCCAUCGGCUAAACACUGUUUCCGGAAUUUCAGACUUUUGUUCUUUCUAUUGUAUUUUUAUGUUGUCUAUCAUUUUUUAUUUUUAAGAUUUUAUUUGGUCUGCAAAAAGUCUUGUGAUAUUCUAAACAUAGUGAUAAUUUUAAAUCUAAAAUAAAACUUUUUCAGUAGUGUUUACUUAGAAUGAAUAAAAUUUGUAUUAAUUUGU